GCGUGCUUGCCUUGAUACCCGCAUCGCCUGCUUAGUUCCCAGGCUGACCUUUUCUUUCGCCUCUGGCCUCAGGUCGAAGCUUAGUGUAGGUUGUCGCUGCGCUGCCGAAACCCGCCAUGGCGGCAUCGUGUGCCCUGCCUGCCGCAACAGGCGCUAUCCUCGGAGCCACCGCACUCCUCCCUCCACGUGUCGGUUUCUCAUCGCGUCCCUCGCCACGUGUCGGCAUCCCAUUGCGGCGCCGUUCCGCAGUUAUCCUUCUUCGGUGCUCCGCCAAUUCUCUCCGGCCCGUCUCAUCUGCCUCCGCCGUCUCCUCCACCCCUUUCCGCCGUCUUUCCGCCGUCGCCUCCCGAUCCACCCACGCCUUCCCCUCCUCGCUCUCCGCGUACUCCGCCUUCAGCGGCGCUCCUCUCCCCCAUGCGCGCUCUCUCAGACCCUUCCUCGCCUCCCCGCGUCGGAAAUUCCCGGGUGCGCGUUUCUUGACUGUACGCACCGCGGCUAAACUCGGGGUGAAUAAUUCGGGCGGUGCGACGGAGCAAUCGCCGAAGGCACUCCAACGGCAAGGGUCGCUGGGCGUGUGCGACGAGAAACCGUCGCCGCAGUCGUCGCUGGCCAUCCAACGGCAGGGGUCGCUCCAGGUCCCCACCGACGACACCGACUUUCUCCCUCCCCCGUCCGCGUCGCCCGUUAUCGUCCCCGAGCCGCUCGACGAGGGCCUCAUCGAGCCGUCGAGCCCGCGCGCGUCGGAGACGGGCAUCGACCGCAUCGAGUCGCAGGCGCGGACGACGCUGUCGAAGCUGAAGCACAUUCUUUACAAGAUCAAGACGCGGUCCGCCGACGUUCAGACGUCCGUAACGGUUCAUCCACCCUCAGCGGGAGACGCGGCGGAUAUUUCGGGUAAUGUUUCAUAUAUUGGCGGGAACAUUCUCGAGCCUGAUGGCGGUGCGGGCGGAGGGGAGCAGCAGGAGGAGCAGCAGGUUUUCGUUUCGCAGCAGAUCAAGCUCGACCUUGGGAGCAUCCCAUCCGUUGAUUUGGACGUUCCAAUCGACGUCGACGCGUCCUCGCCGUCCGAUGCGUCCUCAGCCCCUCUCUCCGCCCCUUCCUUCUUAGCCCAGAGCCUCUCAACCCUUUUCUCGGGAUUUUCCCCCGCUUCCGCAAGUGCCGCCGGGAUUCCCGCGAGAGAGCAGCAGCUCGACGUGCAGCAGAUGGACGCGCUGACGUGUACUCGCGGCUCGAUCCGAUUCGACGAGAAAACGCAAACUGCGGUCGUGACUGUAACGGCGUCCGUCCGAGCCGCGGAGCUACUGGACCGGGCCGCGUACACGGAGCGGACGAUGGCCAUGGCGACGCGCGCCAUAGCGCGUACGUGCCUCGUGCUGGACCAAAAGGCGCAGCGGAAAGCAGCGGAAGCCGUCUCGUCUGCGUCCGGACCGCCAGCAGCAUCAGCGCCAGCCACAAACUCUUCAGCGACUAAUUCCCCCCUACUCUCACCGCAAAUUGCGCCGGAAAAGGCGGACGAUCAGGUGCUGACGCAGGAGCAGCGGGAGCGCGAGAAGCAGCUGGAGUCGCUGCUGGCGACGGGCCGAAUCGCGGGCUGGAGGGUGGCGGGCCCCGAGCUCGGGUCGACGCCGUUCCGGCCGCUGUACGUCGUGAAGCUGACGGACGGCAACGCUGACGGCGCGAAGACGGUGCAGGCCCUGUUCCGGCCUGUGGUUGGCGGCGAUGCGAAACUACGAUUCCAGCGCGCCCCGGCGGAAUGGGUGGCGUACAAGUUCUCCCGCCUGCUGGGGCUGGACGUGGUGCCGCCAGUGGCGGUGCGGCAGGGCGUGCAUAUGGGAUCGCGGCGGUUCGCGCAGGGCACCAUGACGCUGCUGCCCUCAGCGCUGCAGCCGCUCUCCUCCGUGCACCCCUCUCGGCUGCGCGCCCCCUCGCAAGCGCACACCAUCAUCAGCAGCAUCCGAAUUCUCGACGCUCUCAUGGGCUCCUCCAUCCGCCGCCCCUCCGGCUUCGCUGCCGCCCAGCACUGGUCCGAGGAUGGCAAGCUCUGUCCCAUAGUGCUUUCGCACCCCAUGGGCCCAUCUCUGGGCGCCGGCCUGCACUCCAUGUGGUCCAAGCGUGGCACGGGAUCGGGCGGCAGACUGAGGACGGUGGCGGGGUUUGUCCUGACGCGGCUGAGGAGGAUGACUCGUGCGCAGCUGCUGGAGGAGAUGGGCGGCGCGCUGACAGCGGGGGAGAUGGAGCGCGUGCUGGACAAGCGGGACCAGAUGGUGGGGUACUUUGACGCGCUCGCCGCUAAGAUGGGCCACCAGGCCGUCGUCAGGUGACAGGCGUCGAUGUGUUGACACCCACAACCAAAGCAGCUGCUGAAGUCUCCCUGAGUGGGACUGAUCUAAGGCCAUUACACCCGGCAAUGCCGUGCCCUGCCACACUAUUCUGAGGUGUCAGAGUGCUCUGUCUGAACUGUUUGGCGUGUCUGCUUGAAGAGGCUGCACAAGGCAUUCAACGUGAACCCAUGCGGCACUGCGGUGCAGCUUUGUGCAAAUGCUAAUUGCUUGAAGUUGUAGGUUAUGCAUAUCAAAGUUAACAAAUGACUAGAACAAUGACAUACAAGGGAAUAUAACCUAGUGGGUUGUGUCAAACAUGUGCAUCUCUAAUGUUUGCAUAGACUGUAUA